UUAGUAUUAGUAUUAGUAUUAGUAUUAGUAUUAGUAUGUGUUAUCAGAGAAGGAUAUCUCUGUGCUGCCAGACACUAUGUCCAGCUCUUGACUUGCUGAAUCUUCCCCAUUAGAGCUGUUUUUGACCUUAUGCCUAUGGGUCCUGUAUUUCUUUCUUCAUCACAAGAACAUGAAUUCGGUGCCUUCCUUCCUUCCUUGCUUCUAUUUCUUUUACGUAGCAUUUCAAAUUUGCCUCAAACGCUCUUAGAAAAUGUUAAAAGGACCACAAAAACCAGAGCAACAUCUCCUGAUAUGUUUGGAAAUAUUAUACCUCCCAGUUCUGGGAGGAUAUAAUCUGGAAACGAUAUAGUCCAAGUCUAUUCAAUAGUGUUGUUUCAUAAGGCAUCUAUUUGCAAGUAAUUAUACACUACCAGCAUUAAAGGAAAACAUGUAAAGGGAUAACUUUUAAGAUACAUAAAAGAUAGGAAGUCUUUUCAUUUGGAUUUUUUUUUUUUCCAAAUACUUUCACAGUCAUUUCAGAAACUUUUCUAUUGUACUAGGUUAUUUUUGUUGUUCAUGUUGUAGUUAUGGUCACUAUGAUUUUUAUUUCCUAAGUAAUGCUACUAUGACAACAAAAAAUGGUUGUAUAAAUUACUUAAACCGGUACAGUGAAAUCAGGUUUUAAAUGAAGUGUUCUGAUUUCUAAUACCAUUUCUUUUCCUGAUAUUUUUCAGCAGGUAUGAAAGAGUACCAGUUUGUUGCUCAGAGAUAUUGUGAGAGUUCAGAUUAGAAAUAUGCCUAAAGAGAAUAAAUCCAUGAAUUAAAGAACUGUAAAACGGUUUCCCACAUAACAGGACAAUGUUUUGAAUACACCUUUAAAUCCCUGGCAUUGUCAUCACAGACAACCACCUGCCUCCACAUCAACAUUCCUUCCAGGGGUUGGAGAGACUGUGGCUCUAACAUAAGCAUCUCUCACCAACUCCAAGUUUUAUACAGACAUUGCCAUUCCUAAGGGGGCUGGGUUCUGCUUGUUAAAACACAGCCAAAGCACUGGUCAGCAAACAGCUAGAUAAUUUGCUAUUGGUGUUCAGACUUUGGUGUUUCGAGUCCCGUUCCUGGGCCUGGCCUGAGCCCGGCCAUGAGGAAUGCCUCCGUGGUGACCGAGUUCAUCCUGCUGGGCAUCCCGCACACAGAGGACCUGGAGGCCAUGCUCUUUGUCCUGUUCUUGACCUUCUACGUGUUCACUCUCGUGGGAAACCUGCUCAUCCUGCUGGCCAUCGCCUCCUCCGCUCGGCUGCACACCCCCAUGUAUUUCUUCCUGUGCGAGCUGUCUGUGUGUGACAUCUUUUUCCCUUCUGUGAGUUCCCCCAAGAUGCUCUUCUACCUCUCAGGGCACAGCCGGGCCAUCUCCUACGCAGGCUGCGUGUCCCAGCUCUUCUUUUACCACUUCCUGGGCUGCACCGAGUGCUUCCUGUACACGGUGAUGGCCUACGACCGCUUUGUGGCCAUCUGCCACCCUCUGCGCUACCAGGUCAUCAUGAGCCACAGGGCGUGUGCCCUCCUGGCCUCGGGGACCUCCUUUUUUGGCUGCAUCCAGGCCACCUUCCUAACCACGCUCACCUUCCAGUUACCCUACUGCGGCCCCAACGAGGUGGACUACUUCUUCUGUGACAUCCCCGUGAUGCUGAAGCUGGCCUGUGCGGACACCGCCGCCCUGGAGGUGGUGGGCUUCGUCAGCGUGGGCCUCAUGCCCCUCAGCUGCUUCCUCCUCAUCCUCACCUCCUACAGCCGCAUCGUCUACUCCAUCCUGCAGAUCCACUCCGCUGAGGGCCAGCGGCGUGCCUUCUCCACCUGCAGUGCCCACCUCACUGCCAUCCUGCUUGCCUUCAUGCCGGUGGCCCUCAUCUACCUUCGGCCAACGUCAGACCCCUGGCUGGAUGCAACAGUUCAGGUCCUGAAUAACCUGGUCACCCCCAUGCUGAACCCCUUGAUCUACAGCCUCAGGAACAAGGAGGUAAAAUCGUCUCUGAAGAAAGUCCUCCAUCAACUGGGCUUCCUUCCUGAGCAGUUGUAGUGGAAGGACAGUAGCCAACAAUGGAAGUGCCCUUGCAACCUAUAAACUGCUUUUAUAUGCUUCUCAAUAAUAUCUUUUUAAUGGGAGCGUCCAGAUAUUCUGAUUGCCUCCAUUUUAUAAUGUUGGGACUAAGAUUUAAAGAGUUCAAGUGGGUAGAAUUUGAAGCAUAUGUAAGAAGUGAUGGCAGAAUGAAGCCCUAAGGGCUGGUUUUCUGAGUCUUGGGGCUGUGCUUUCUCGAGGGCAACAUAUUGCUGAUGAGGUAGAAAGGAGCCUACCACAGUAGGCAGAGUAGCCUACUCCUUCUGCUUCUCUUUUAUCUUCUUCAUUCACCUACACCCCUUUGUCCUCUUCUUUGUCCCCCUCACCCUGACACUCUAUGUUGGCUGCCUUGAUUGUCUCCUCCAAUGCCUGAACUGAAUAAACCCUCAUUUCAUCGGUCUGGAUAUUGUUGAAAGAAGUGGAGUUGUGUAAAGAGAAUGACUUCCUGCAGGGACCUAAGGCAGGUUUCUUCUGAGUGAAGCCAAGGUACCAGUGACCUGCUGUCACCUAGAAAUUCUAUCUGUUGGGUUUUGACCUGGAAGCAGGCCCUGGCUGUAUCAAGUUUAUUUACAUGUAGAAGGUCAGCAUGUCAAUGAGCAUGUGAGAAGGGCAGGUGGGGAAAUUUGUGGAGCAGUGACCGUGGUCUGAUGCCAGAUUAGAAAAUCUGGAUUUGACUUUGUGUUUUUCAGUACACCCAGGGGACCAUUCUGUGUCUUUGGUGUUAGUUUCAUUGAAAAGGCGUGACAUUGUUCCCCAUUCCUUCAUAUCUGUCUCUCUCUCUCUUUUUCUCUUUCUCUCUUUCUUUUGGCUGAAAUACACUAAGAAGAACAAUAAUGGGCUGUUUCAAUGCAGUGCACUGUUGUUUUUAUGACUGGAAUUCAUUGAGAAUCCUAGUACACCUGAGGCAUGUAGAAUACACUAUUGCAAUUUAUUCUAACAGUGAAGUGGAGAGGGAAGAAAACCAAGAGGAGAAUGAUGGGAAAGGAAGGGACGGGGUGGAGACCAGUUUGUCUGUCCUUCUCAGAAUCAGAGAGCAGCCCAGGAACCUGCCAGGCCUACCGGUAUUGCUGUGUCUGUGCCUCGAGCCAGUGUGGGGAGCCAGCCAUGCUCCUGCAGGGGAGACGGACUCUUUCCUGUCGCCUGGCCUACAUGCCUCCAAGCCUUCUCAGCGCUGAUUCUCCUUGUUCCUCAGGAAACAAGAGCUUGAAGAAGAAGAAGGUGACAAUGCAUCUCCAAUUAUUUCACAUGUGGUGGAUUCCCGCUGGAGCCUAAAUCCGCUUGAAGAACUCUUUCCAUUCCUUAAUUUCCUGGUGGGAGCUGCUCAGUUGAUCCAAAUAGAACAGUUUUUAAGAAUAAAGAAU